UUUGAUAAUGCAUCGGACCAUUUAAUCAGGCUCAAAAGUUUGUUUAAAAAAUAACAAAAAACGAAACCCAUUUUCAAAAUGGACCAGACCUUGGCUCAGGCUCGUCCCAAAUUUUUAAUACUGAUAUUUUAAUUAUUUUAAUAUUUAGGUAUACCUCCCAGCCUCCCAUCGAGUCCCCUCCCCUCCCCCUUAAUCCCAAAUCAGUUCCGUCGACAGCCGUCUCCAUUCCGGCGGCCACUUCGUCUCCCACUUCCUCUGUCGCCGGCGCCCACCUGAUUUCAGCCCCAAUCCCUGUCUUCUGCUUCCUCUGUUGCUUUCUUCCACUGUUGUGGCAGGACUGAGAACUUGAACCCAACUCAGGAACUGUGGAGCAAUUUUACUCUCUGAUGAACUGCCUGCCACACAUGCAUGCUUAUGGUUCAGCUUUAUUUAGAAAGACUGGUAAUUUCAUUUCAACUUCUUUGAACCAAUGCCAUGUUCCCUUAUGGAAAAGAAAUUUUGAGGACGCGAGUGUUAAGACUGUGGAUCUAGAGUUCUUGUUGACAAGAUUUCGCACUCAGUGUUACUCUUCCCGGAAAAGUAGUAGUAGUACCAAAAAAACAUCCGGGACUAAAAAAGUUGAUCCUGAACAACCACAGGUGAUGGAAAACGAGAAAGAUGCGUUCUUUGUAGUGAGAAAGGGAGAUGUUGUUGGUGUUUUCAAGAGCUUUGCUGAUUGUCAGACCCAAGUUGGAUCCUCGAUAUGUGAUCCUCCAGUCAGUGUCUACAAAGGCUACGCUUUAACAAAGGAAACUGAAAUAUAUCUUUCUUCCUAUGGGCUUAAGAAUGCUCGCUACACUAUUAGAGCUGCAGAUGUGAAGGAGGAUAUUUUUGGAGCGCUCAUGCCCUGCCCUUUUCAGGAGCCAGCUUCUUCUAAAGGUGAAACAUCUCAUUAUGAUGCAACCAAAAAGAGACCACAGGAUAUGCUUCAGUUAGAGUAUGGGGUAGGACUGGGAUCACUUGGUUCAAUAGCCGUAGCUGAUCUUGCGAGAAAGCAUGUCAAGUUGGAUCCACAUGCUGAAGCUCAAAUAACAUCCUCUGGUCAUCAAUCUUGUACUCUUGAGUUUGAUGGUGCAUCAAAAGGAAAUCCUGGACCUGCUGGUGCAGCAGCUGUAUUGAAAACUGAUGCUGGAAAUGUGAUCUGCAAAUUGCGCGAGGGUUUGGGCAUAGCAACCAAUAAUGCUGCUGAAUAUCGCGCCCUAAUUUUAGGGUUGAAACAUGCUCUUAGAAAAGGUUAUACAAACAUUCAUGUCCGAGGUGACUCGAAACUCGUUUGUAUGCAGCUGCAGGGUUUAUGGAAAGUCAAACAUGAGCACAUGUCUGAGUUGUGUGAGCAAGCAAUGAAACUGAAGGAUAAGUUUCUUUCAUUUCAGAUCAAUCACGUUUUAAGGGAAUUGAAUGGCGCGGCUGAUGCUGAGGCCAAUUUGGCUGUCAAACUUGCUGAAGGUCAAAUCCAGGAGGAGUUGGCCUAACUCAUUGAUUGUGCUGGCAGAAGUUUUUUGGUGCAAAAUUUUGCAUUUAAACCCCAGAAGAUCAUGUUAUUGUUGGCCUUCAAGCUCAGCUCUUCAAUGGAGCAAUGCAAAUAUCAUUUUUUGGUUUUGUUUGUGGCAGAGGCAUGUUAAUGGGGAUAUCAAAUUCAAAUGGCAUACAUUUUGGUUUUAUUUUAAACCCUUAUUCUACAGAUUGUUGUGGGAACCUAAGAUCAUCUACAGUGAAGCAAAGGGAGUGAGUUCAUUAUGAGAAAUCCAGUAAGGUCUAGAUUUACCAUUGCCCUAAGAUAACUCCAGUGUUAUUUUGGAUCUCUCUUCGCCGCUCUAGGUUUCCAUUUUAUCCCAAUGUAGAAAGUUAUGGGUGAAGUUGUUUAUGAUUGAACCCAUGGUCAUGCUUUUAUGGGACUUUGAUAUAUUCUUUAUUCCCUCUUUAAGGGGCUCAUUGAAGUGCAUGAUUCCAGUAAUUUUCUGGUA